AUGGGCUACUACCUGCUGAUGGGUGGCCCUGUGCAUCCCACGUUAGUUAACAUCCACGUUAGCACAGUCAUUAGAGAACCAGUUUAUGUUGUGGGGAACUCCCUGGGAGGAUAUGUUGCCCUCUACUUUGCAGCAAGAAACCCUCAAUUGGUGAAGGGUGUGACAUUGCUCAAUGCAACACCAUUUUGGGGUUUGCUCCCGAAUCCCAUAACGUCUCCAAGACUGUCAAGAAUAUUUCCAUGGGCUGGAACGUUUCCUCUUCCUGCCACUGUAAGAAAGUUCACAGAAAUCGCAUGGCAGAAAAUAAGUGAUCCUAGGAGUAUUGGAGAGAUACUGAAGCAAGUCUAUGUAGAUCACUCGACAAAUGUUGAUAAAGUGUUUUCUCGAAUACUUGAGACAACACAACAUCCAGCAGCUGCUGCGGCAUUUACCUCAAUCAUGUUUGCUCCUCAAGGGCAACUAUCCUUCAGGCAGGCUUUAUCGAGGUGUCAGAUGAACAAUGUACCCAUCUGCCUAAUGUAUGGAAAAGAAGACCCUUGGGUGAAGCCUAUCUGGGCUUUCCAGGUGAAACGACAGCUUCCUGAAGUUCCAUAUUAUGAGAUUAGCCCUGCUGGUCACUGCCCUCAUGAUGAAGUUCCUGAGGUGGUGAAUUUUUUGCUAAGUGGGUGGAUCAGACAUCUGGAAUCCCAGGGUUCUGCUGCAUUGCCUCUGCUUGAUGAUCCAGAAAGUGCUCGGCGUGACAUUGCCAAGGAUGUGGAAUUUGUUAGGGAAGGAUCAAAAAAAUCAGUGAGGGUGCAGUUCUAUGGAUCCAGCUUCUCGCUUUGGAAUCAGAUAAACUCUUAUAUCAAAUCCUGGUUUAAAAUUUAA